AUGGUCAAACAAGAUAAAAUAUUGAUGGGUGGUGAAUUAGAUGAAAUACUUUAUAAUCAACGUUUCCUCGUAGAAAUGGCAAGAUUCUUUUAUAGCAAGGUUGAAACAUUCAAAGACAAGACAACGCUUAAUUUGGCCGCCAAACGCUUCUCAAAUAACAUCGCUUUCACUGGCCUCACUAUAAAGAAGGCAGAAAUUGGAUGUAUUAUUGCUGUUCCAGUCGAUCUACCAAACCUUAUAACGGCUGAAAAAAGACAUUGCCAGAUUUAUGGCUCAAACGACUUGUGUAAAAUUAGUGUUGUCGGCUAG